UUAGUCGUCGGUGCGUCGCGCGCUGCCGCUGCAGUUUGCAUUGCGCUCGCGCUCAGAGGAGGAACAGGAGAGAGGGAGAGGAGCUGCCCUUCAUCUUCUUUCUCUUCUUCUUCAUUGCGGACACUUUAAUCUUUUUCUUCUUCCAAUCGGAUCAUUUGUUUGUUCUUGUGUUUAUUUUUUCUUAUCUUUACGGACUCACGCGCGUUAACAGGAGAAAGAGACGGAGCUAAAAACACAGAGAGAGAAAGAGAGAGAGAGAGAGAGAGAGAGAGAGAGAGAGAGAGAGAGAGAGAGAGAGAGAGAGAGAGUGAGUGUAAACGGAUCGGUGUGUAUCUGGAGUCUGCACCGGUGGGAUGUCGGUGGUGGUCUUGGCGCUCGUGACUCGUUAAUGGGACCGGAACUUGAACAGUCUUCAUCAUCAUCACCAUCAUCACCAUCAUCUUCAUCAUCACCGUACACGCGCACAAGACAGCAGAAUUGGAUGGAGAAGAAAGAGCUGCGAGAACUAUAAAUACUGUGUGCUGAAGUGGAGGCGUCUCCUCUCAGACUCGACGCUCCUCAUUGUUCCAUCAGAGAGCCGAGCAGCGUGAGGAACAAACUGCGACUCGGCGCCUGGGAUGAACCUCAGCGUGGGCGGACGUAUUAAGUGAACCUCCACUUACCGUCACUUCGUCUGCUUCAAAUCCACCCUAUUUCCUUCCCUAGAACCGCUCCGGGACGUAUAAAAGACUCCGAGCAGGACGUCGGCGAGAGCAGACAGGAUGCGGGACGGUUUAAGAGUUCAGGUGUUGUUCUUGUGUUUAAUAGCGAUGUUAUGGAUUACGGCAGCGUCUCGAGGCCCUCAGGAACACGGACAUCGCCGCCGUCUCGCUUCUUACAGACACAGAGAGAGACGGAAGGACGGUCACGUGCUCCAUCGCUCCAAACGAGGAUGGGUUUGGAAUCAGUUCUUCGUCAUUGAGGAGUACACGGGACCGGAUCCUGUCCUCGUAGGCAGGCUUCACUCCGACGUGGACUCGGGGGACGGCAACAUCAAAUACAUCCUCUCAGGUGAAGGAGCAGGAACUAUCUUCGUCAUCGAUGAUAAAACAGGCAACAUCCAUGCAACGAAGACGUUGGACCGUGAAGAACAAGCCGAGUACACGCUCACCGCGCAGGCCGUGGCCCGAGACACCAACAAACCUCUGGAGCCUCCGUCUGAAUUCAUCGUCAAGGUCCAGGAUAUCAACGACAACCCGCCAGAGUUCCUGCACGGACCCUACUACGCCCGUGUGGCUGAGAUGUCCAACGUCGGUACGUCGGUGAUCCAGGUCACGGCUACGGACGCAGACGAUCCGACGUACGGAAACAGCGCUCGGCUCGUCUACAGCAUCCUGCAGGGACAACCGUACUUCUCUGUGGAGCCUCACACGGGGAUUAUACGCACUGCACUGCCCAACAUGGACCGAGAGGCUAAGCAGGAGUACGACGUGGUGAUUCAGGCGAAGGACAUGGGGGGACACAUGGGUGGACUCUCGGGGACGACGCAGGUGAAGAUCACGCUAACGGACGUCAACGACAAUCCACCGAAAUUCGCACAAGGUGUUUAUUCGAUGUCAGUAACGGAGGAUAAAGUGCCAGGAGAAGAAGUGGGCCGUCUGAAGGCCAGAGAUUCAGACCUGGGAGAGAACGGCCUGGUGGAGUACACACUGCUCGAAGGAGAUGGAAUGAACUCGUUUGAGAUCAGCAAAGACUCAGAGACUCAGGAGGCUGUCAUCAAACUGAAGAAGCACGUGGACUUUGAGACGAAGCGGUCAUACACACUGAAGGUGGAGGCGGCUAACCCGCAUGUGGACCCUCGCUAUAUCAGCUGGGGGCCGUAUAAAGACACGACGGUGGUGAAAAUCUCUGUGGAGGAUGCAGACGAGCCGCCGACCUUCAUGGCUCCUGGUUACAGCUUUGAGGUGGAGGAGAACGCGCCGGGGGGAACUGUGGUGGGACGCGUACAUGCCAAGGACACGGAUAUCGCUAACAGCCCCAUCAGAUAUUUAAUCCCUCGCUACACAGAUCUGGAGGAGUUUUUCUCCAUUAACCCUGACGAUGGCAUCAUUAAAACCACGAGGCCUCUGGACCGGGAGACUCAGGCUUGGCACAACAUCUCCGUGAGCGCUACAGAGAAGGGUGGACAUCACCAGGACACUAAAGUCCGAGUGAACAUUAAAGUAAAGGAUGUGAAUGACAACGCUCCAGAGUUCGCCACGCAGGACGAAGUGCUGAUGUGUGAAAACGUGGCUCCUGGAACGCCCAUAAAGACGGUGAGCGCGGUGGAUAAAGACGAGAUGGCGCACCGGCAGCAUUUCCACUUCAGUCUCUCUCCUAAAGUCGCUAAUAACCACAACUUCUCUCUGAAGGACAACAGAGACAGUACGGCUACGGUGGUGGUGAUCCGGAGAGGUUUCAGCAGGAUGACGCAAGACGUUUACGCUCUGCCCAUCGAGAUCAGUGAUAACGGCGUCCCUCCUCUCAGCAGCACCAACACACUCCUGAUCCGAGUGUGCAGCUGUGACGCCAAACACACCAUCCUGUCCUGUAAUGUGGAGCCGUUGUUCCUGCCGGCGGGCCUCAGCACCGGAGCGCUCAUCGCCAUCCUCGCCUGCAUCGUCAUCCUGCUCGCGAUUGUGGUGCUCUUCGUGGCUCUGCGCCGGCAGAAGAAGGAGCCUUUGAUCGUGUUUGAGGAGGAGGACAUUCGCGAGAACAUCAUCACGUAUGAUGACGAGGGCGGCGGUGAGGAGGACACGGAGGCUUUCGACAUCGCCACGCUGCAGAACCCCGACGGCAUCAACGGCUUCCUGCCUCGCAAAGACAUCAAACCCGAGCUGAGCUACAGCGUCCGCGCCGGACUCAGACCCGCGGGCAACGGUGUCGAUGUGGACGAGUUCAUCAAGACGCGAGUGUGCGAUGCCGACAACGACCCGACGGCGCCUCCAUACGACUCCAUCCAGGUGUACGGCUACGAGGGGCGGGGCUCCAUCGCCGGCUCUCUGAGCUCGCUGGAAACGGUGACCACAGAUUCAGACCUGGACUACGACUACCUCCAGAACUGGGGGCCGCGUUUCAAAAAACUGGCCGAUCUGUACGGCACCAAAGACUUGGCACCCGAAGACAACUCUUAACGACAGAUCACAUUCGUCUUUGCAAAAAAAAAAUAAUAAUAACCCCACCCACACAAAACCCCUCCCCUCCCCCUCCCCUCUUCCAUCACUUCCACUAACGACGUGUGCUGUGUGACGUUUACUAUAAGCAAUUCCACGACUUUCAUCUAUUUAGGUUGUUUUUUGUUCCUGUAUACGGCGAGUAUACCGUUAGGAAUCUUUUACGUAGGCGUGAUCGGGACAGACGGAGCAGAUUUAAAAAAAAGAUGUAGAAAAGAAUUAGAAAAUGAAUUCAAACACACACAUAUAUAUAUAUGAAAAAAAAAACAACAACUACAAAAAACACAAAAAGGAAACACCUUCGAUACGGGACGUACGGAAAGUCAAAGCGAGGGACGCGACGGAGUCGAUGCUGAUGGCUGAUACUGUGAACGAGCUCACGCCGGAGAGAGAAAAUAAACAGUUGCCUUAUUCACAAAA